CCUGGGGGGGCCGGCCCAACGCGCCGUGGGAGCGUUUCCGCUUCCGGGGCGGGCAGCGGCACUUCCGGUGGGUGACCCUGGCGAGUCCUUCUGUGUGUCGGGAGCGGAGGCAUGGGGCUGCGCGACACCGUCGUUCACGCCGGGGAGCCUGAGGAGGAGGAAGAGGAAGAGCUGGUGGAUCCUUUAACCACGGUCCGGGAGCACUGCGAGCAGACAGAGAAAUGCGUGAAGGCGCGGGAGCGGCUGGAGCAGUGUGAUGCACGGGUGUCCUCCAGGUCCCACACAGAAGAGCAGUGCACAGAGGAGCUUUUUGACUUCCUGCACGCUAGGGACCACUGCGUUGCUCACAAACUCUUUAAGAACUUGAAGUGAAGGUGGGCGUGAUUGUCCAUCUGCUUCCACAGCUCGUGUCAGCAGUUCCUGGGUUCACAGUACUGCUUCCUGCCCGUUCAUCCUCCAUGCCAAGAGCAAACAAAACUGCCUGGCAGCGACCGAGCGUCAGCAUGUCACUGCAACUGUUCUCGUGGAAGAUGUGCAGCCACGCAAAACCCAUGUUGAUGUUCUGUGAUUUUCCAUAUUAAACAUUCAAAGUUCCCAUGGAA